GGUGGCAAUCAGGGAGGGCUCAGCCUGAUGCUCUAGCUGCAGCUCUGUGCUGGUCUGGGUGCGCUGUCGCCACCGCUGUAGUCGCUGUCUGGGUCUCUUCCGCGGCACCCUUGCGCCAAGGCUGCCUCUCCUGCUCCGAGCGCAGACACCAUGUACGGAUUCGUGAACCAUGCCCUGGAGCUGCUGGUGAUCCGAAAUUACGGUCCCGAGGUGUGGGAAGACAUCAAAAAAGAGGCACAGCUGGAUGAAGAAGGCCAGUUUCUUGUCAGAAUAAUAUAUGAUGAUUCCAAAACAUACGACUUGGUGGCUGCAGCAAGCAAAGUCCUCAACCUCAAUGCUGGUGAAAUUCUGCAGAUGUUUGGGAAGAUGUUUUUCGUCUUUUGUCAAGAGUCUGGCUAUGAUACCAUCUUGCGUGUCCUGGGAUCCAAUGUCAGGGAGUUUUUGCAGAACCUCGACGCCCUGCAUGACCACCUCGCUACCAUCUACCCAGGGAUGCGCGCACCCUCCUUCAGGUGCACCGAUGCAGACAAAGGGAAGGGGCUCAUUUUGCACUACUACUCGGAAAGAGAGGGGCUUCAGGACAUUGUCAUUGGCAUCAUCAAGACGGUUGCUCAACAGAUCCACGGCACAGAGAUAGACAUGAAGGUUAUUCAGCAAAGAAAUGAAGAAUGUGACCACACUCAAUUUUUAAUCGAAGAGAAAGAGUCGAAAGAAGAGGAUUUUUAUGAAGAUCUGGACAGGUUUGAAGAAAAUGGUACCCAGGAAUCACGCAUCAGCCCGUACACCUUCUGCAAAGCAUUUCCUUUCCACAUAAUAUUUGACCGGGACCUGGUAGUCACUCAGUGUGGCAAUGCCAUCUACAGAGUGCUCCCCCAGCUCCAGCCUGGGAACUGCAGCCUUCUGUCUGUGUUCUCUCUGGUCCGCCCUCAUAUUGACAUCAGUUUCCAUGGGAUUCUUUCGCAUAUCAAUACAGUCUUUGUACUGAGAAGCAAGGAAGGAUUGCUGGAUGUUGAGAAACUUGAAUGUGAGGAUGAACUGACUGGGACGGAGAUUAGCUGCUUACGUCUCAAGGGCCAAAUGAUCUACUUACCAGAAGCGGAUAGCAUCCUCUUCCUCUGUUCACCAAGUGUGAUGAACCUGGAUGAUCUCACAAGAAGAGGCCUGUACCUGAGUGACAUCCCUCUUCAUGAUGCCACUAGAGACCUGGUUCUUUUGGGAGAACAGUUUCGGGAGGAGUAUAAGCUGACGCAAGAGCUGGAGAUCCUCACAGAUAGGCUGCAGCUCACACUGAGAGCCCUGGAGGAUGAGAAGAAGAAGACAGACACGUUGCUGUAUUCAGUCCUCCCUCCAUCUGUUGCCAAUGAGCUGAGACACAAGCGCCCCGUGCCUGCCAAAAGAUACGACAAUGUGACCAUCCUCUUCAGUGGCAUUGUGGGCUUCAAUGCUUUCUGUAGCAAGCAUGCAUCUGGAGAAGGAGCCAUGAAGAUUGUCAAUCUACUCAAUGACCUCUACACCAGAUUUGACACACUGACUGAUUCACGGAAAAACCCAUUUGUUUAUAAGGUGGAGACAGUUGGUGAUAAGUAUAUGACAGUGAGUGGUUUACCAGAGCCUUGUAUUCACCAUGCACGUUCCAUUUGCCAUCUUGCCUUGGACAUGAUGGAAAUCGCUGGCCAAGUUCAAGUAGACGGUGAAUCUGUUCAGAUAACGAUUGGGAUCCACACCGGGGAAGUGGUGACAGGUGUCAUUGGACAGCGGAUGCCUCGGUAUUGUCUUUUCGGAAAUACUGUCAACCUCACAAGCAGAACAGAAACCACAGGAGAGAAGGGAAAGAUAAAUGUUUCUGAAUAUACAUACAGGUGUCUCAUGUCUCCAGAAAAUUCAGAUCCCCAGUUCCAUCUGGAGCACAGAGGCCCGGUGUCCAUGAAGGGCAAGAAAGAACCAAUGCAAGUUUGGUUCCUAUCGAGAAAAAACACAGGCGAAGAGGAAACAAACCAGGAAGAAAACUGAACCUCAGAUAGUGGGACAGAGAACACUCUUGAGUUGGCUUCUGGUGGCAGCCUCAUAAGCGUCAAGCCCAGGAGCAUUUCUUCCCUGUGGAUACCGAUUUCUACUGCCCUUUUCAGCGACCCAAGGCUUUUUCCUAGUUACAAAUAUCCGACACUAUCUGUUAUCUGAUGUUAGCUCUGCUUUUGACUAUGUUUAAGGUCUUGGUAUAGUUUCUAAAGUUUGGCUUUUGAUGUGGAUGAUUUGAACUUGAUGUUCAUUAAACUCUGCUGCAAGCGUUACCUAAACUGAUGAUCCAAAAGUGGUAGACACCCACUAUGUAUUUGUUGAACUAGAUAAAAUGAGACUUAAUAGUAUCUAGCCAUGUGUAUAUAUAUCAUGGCUCAGCAGGUUUGUUUUAUGCUCCACGUAUAUGUACAUGUAUAUUUUAAUGACUAUGACGUAAAACAAAGUUUAUAUCAUGUUGGUGCAUGUCAUUCUAGAAACCAUUUUCUAAAGGAGUGAAUCUAAGUUUUAGGAAAAUGCAAUUUAUUUCUAGACUUCUGAAGUAGGAAUUAAUAUGCUGUACUAAGAAGAGAGUGACUAUUUUGAAAUAUGUUAAUUACCUUCUGGAAAUAUAAGGUAUACAUUUCUAUUAUUGUAAGAUUUGGUUGCUCAUUCAAACCUCAUGCCAAUUACAGUUUACCUAACAUCUGACGUGGGCUAAUUCAUAUUGCAGUCCUUGUAAUGAGUUUCAGAACUUACUGAUGGUUGUGAUGGGACUGCAUUGUUUCACACUGAAAGGUUACAUUUGCAAGUGUUGGAGGUCCGAAAUCAAAGCUGGGAAUACACAGCUAGGAUACUGCUGUUAGAGUCAACUUUGGCCUAUUUCCACACUUGAGCUUCCUUGAUUAAUUUAGAAGAUUAUCAACUGACCGAGGACAUCAUAUUCAGAAUAUUCAGAAUACAUUUUAAUUCCAACAAAGAAUGGACUUCAUUUAUGUUGGAAUAUUUGACCUAUCAUCCUUUAAAUGUCUCUGAUAAUUUAUUAAUAUCUAUCUUUAUAAAAUAUAGUGAAACUACUUUUAUGUAAAAAUGUUUGUCUUUAAAUUUAGUAUUUCGUAUCAGCACAUCAAUAUAUGUAUAAAUGUUACAUGUUAAUUGUGUAAAAAAAACUCUACAAUAAAUUAUUUUUUUCACUUGUC